AUGGCAAAGGCCAAGAACAAGACGGUGGCCACCACCAUCAACAAGAAUCACAAAAAGCCUGUGAAGAAGUCAUACACCGCAGCCCACGUCGUCAUCAACACCCCAGAGCUACUCGACAACAUUCUGCUCCGCCUUCCCAUGAAGCGUCUACUAUUCAGUCAGCGAGUCAACAAGCAGUUCAAGGCUACGAUCGACGGCUCAAUCAAGCUCCAACAAGCCCUCUUCUUCAAGGUUGACCCCAAGAAUGCCAAGAUCUUCAGCGACGAUGGCAUGUACGCUCUCUUCCUCAAGACCGGCAGUCGCGAAUUGGCAUUCGAGACGCCAAAAUGGAGUUUGAAAUACUUCACCAUUGACUGCGAAGUGUACAACCCAAACAAGGCCCGCAUGCGGGAUGACGGGUACGAGUGCCAUUUCCACAUCCGCUUCAAGAACCUCAGCGACAAGCCAGACGAUAAGCAGGAGAGCUGGCGCAAGAUGCACAUCUUCCAGGAUCCGGCUGUUUGCGAUCCUCGAGUUCGGGUCACGCCGACUGAGAGAGGCUAUUGCCAUUUCACGGAGGAGUACCAAGUCCAGUCGAUGGGAACUCUUGGCGAGCUCUUCGAUGGGCUGUGGAAGCAGGCCAUGGAUGCUGGGCAUUUCGAUCGCGAGGCUAGGAUCGAUGAUUAUGGCGAGGAGUAUGACGAGUAUGACGAGGAGUAUGAGGAUGAGGAUGAUCUCUAUGGCGGCAUGGAUUUCUUCGAUUUCUAUUAA